GAUGAGGAAUCUGAGGCCCGGGUAGGUCAAGGCCAUUCAUCCUUGGUUCAUUCUAUGAGCAGUUAUUGAGCGCCUGCUGUAUGCUGAGCCCUAUGUUGGGCGCUGGAGACCCAGUGUGCGUGGACAGACUUGGUGUUCAUUUCACGGGGCUCACAGUAGACAGCGAGUUAGGAUAGCAGGGUGGAGGUUUGAUGAUGGAAGCCCCAGUGCUGUGGGGAGCGGGAAGAGGUGCCUGACUCAACCUGAGGGCAGUGGGAGACUCACCCCUCCUCAACAUGGCAUCUUAGCUGAGAACUGGGGUAGGGGGAGGAGGAAGGAAGGGUGUUCCAGGCAGAGGCUCAGCAUGUGCAAAGGUUCUGAGGUAGGAAUGGAUGAGGUUGGUGUGCUAACAGCCGGCGUGAGUAGGAGGUGAGGGAGAGCCUUCCCACCAGGAUUAUGGUUGGGGACAGGUCAGGCAGUUCUCCAACCUCAGGCUGAUAUGGAGCCGUGGAGGAGAUGCGGAGGACGCAAUGGAGAGAGGUUGGAAUGCUCCCCACCACCGCACCCCAUGACCCAAGCCCCCCCUCGGCUUCUUUCUGCCCCGCAGUGAAGCACCCCCCAGCAGAGCCCUCCCGGUUUGUCUCGGUGCCUACCAAGAUGCCUGACAAGAUGGGCUUCGACGAGGUCUUCAUGAUCAACCUGAAGCGGCGGCAGGACCGGCGGGAACGCAUGCUCUGGGCGCUGUGGGCGCAGGAGAUCAAGGUCCGGCUGGUGGAGGCUGUGGAUGGCAA